UUCACUGCAUUAAAGUCCCUUUUCAUUAAAGUUUUAUAUGUUUUGUCUUGACGCGGCAGAUGGCAGAAUGCACUUUGGAGUGUUCUGUAACAAUCCCUUCCAUUUCUCUUAAUUGUAGGGACAGCUUUGAAGACUAUCAAAUGUUCCCUUUUCUGUUUCCUUCUCUCAUUUUCACCUUAACGUAGUUUUUCAUUUCCCAGCACAGAAACUAAUGUCCAUUUUAUUUAUUUUUUUCCAGAUUGGGAGAGGAGACUUGAAACUAAAGAGUCAACUGCAAAGUCCAAAAUUAAUGAAUAUUUGUCCUAUGGGGUCACAAUGGAAAGGGAAGGUCUCUGGGAGUCAACUAUAGGGGAAACCUGGGAACCUGACAGUUGGGUAGAAGGGGAAGAAAAAAGACAGGGUAGACAUCUGGACCAAGUGGCAGUUACCCAUAAGGAAGCCCUCACUGAGAGGAAGGUACACAGAGAUAUUGAAUUUGAAAGAUGUUUCAGUCACGGUUCAAUUCUUGAUACACAACAAAGUAUUCCUAUGGGGGGAAGUCCUUAUAAUUGGAACUCAUACAGAAAAGACAUUAAACAAAAUUCGGAAUUAAUUGAAACUCAAAGAUUGUUUGUAGCAGAGAAAACAUAUGAAUGUAAUGAGUGUGGGAAAGCCUUCACUCAGAGCUCCUCCCUUCUUAAACACCAAAGGAUUCAUACUGGGGAGAAACCUUUUAAGUGUAAUAUAUGUGGGAAACACUUUAUUGAACGUUCCUCCCUUACUGUACAUCAAAGAAUUCAUACUGGUGAGAAACCUUAUAAAUGUAAUGAAUGUGGAAAAAACUUCAGUCAGAGUAUGAAUCUUACUAUUCAUCAAAGAACUCACACUGGAGAGAAGCCCUAUCAGUGUAAAGAGUGUGGAAAAGCUUUCCGUAAGAAUUCAUCCCUUAUUCAACAUGAAAGAAUUCAUACUGGAGAGAAACCCUACAAAUGUAAUGAAUGUGGGAAAGCUUUUACCCAAAGUAUGAAUCUUACAGUGCAUCAAAGAACUCAUACAGGAGAAAAACCCUAUGAAUGUAAUGAAUGUGGAAAAGCCUUCAGUCAAAGCAUGCAUCUUAUUGUACAUCAGAGAAGUCACACUGGAGAAAAACCCUAUGAGUGUAAUGUAUGUGGAAAGGCCUUUAGUAAGAGCUCAACUCUUACCCUACAUCAGCGAAAUCACACUGGAGAAAAACCCUACAAAUGUAACAAAUGUGGGAAAUCCUUUAGCCAAAGUACAUACCUUAUAGAACAUCAGAGACUUCAUUCUGGAGUAAAACCUUUUGAAUGUAAUCAGUGUGGAAAAGCUUUCAGUAAGAAUUCAUCUCUUACUCAACAUCGAAGAAUUCAUACUGGAGAGAAACCUUAUGAGUGUAUGGUAUGCGGAAAACAUUUUACUGGCCGAUCAUCCCUUACUGUACACCAGGUCAUUCACACUGGAGAGAAACCUUAUAAAUGCAAUGAAUGUGGAAAGGCCUUCAGCCAGAGUGCAUACCUUAUUGAGCAUCAACGAAUUCACACUGGUGAGAAACCUUAUGAAUGUGGUCAGUGUGGAAAAGCCUUCAUUAAGAAUUCAUCCCUUAUAGUGCACCAGAGGACUCAUACAGGAGAGAAACCCUAUCAGUGUAAUGAAUGUGGAAAAGCUUUUAGUCGGAGCACAAACCUUACACGACAUCAGAGAACUCAUACAUAAGGAAAGUUUUCUUUGGUCUUUUCAUCAUGAAUGGCUCUUCAGUGAUAACCAGAUAAGUCAUAUAAUAUAGAAGCUUAAUAAAUGUUGCAGUUAUAGGAAUUUUUUAGUUGAACUAUAAUAUCCUAUGUCAGAUAAUACAGACCACUGUAAAGAAACAAUAUAAAAGUGGAAAAACCUUGGCUCAAAAAGUAAAACAGUUUGGGAGUUUAAGUAGCUAAUGUUUUGAACAGUGAAAUGUCAUGCUGAAAAUAAGUUCUAUUACCUAUGAUUCUCUUAUGGACAUCAGACAGGAGAGGAAAUAUGUGACUAACUGGAUACCCCAACGACCUGGUAUGUUAUUCUGACCUGCCACUAACUUGUCAUCUAUCUUCACUAGGUCAGUUUCCCUUGUGUUGCAAAAUGGAUUUUUAAUUUAGAAGGACUACACAAUCCAUACUAAUUCUAGAAUGCUAAAAACCUAUAAACAGAGUAAGCGUUGUGAAAUCCUUCAUCACUUACCAUGUUAUAUGUUAUCUAGAUUCUCCUGUUCCACUGUUCUCCCUGACUGCUUUUGGUCAAAUUUUUUUAUAUUUAUCAAUUCCUGUGAUCCUUCCAUGUUCCUCCCCACUCCAUUGACCUUUUGUCCCCUAACAUAGAAUCUGCUUGCUAACAGGUGGUGGAAUAAUUAUACAAAUCUUAAUAUACCAGCAAGGCUGUUUUCUCUAUUAGUCAUUAAACUAUUGUUAAAUAAGCUUAAGUAUUUAGAAAACAGCAUGAUUUUAAUAUAAUCUUUACAUAUGAAUCAAAUGCCUUUCUUGUAUCAUAUUCUAACAUCAGAAGGAUGAGCAGUAAUAAACAUUAAAAUUUGACAUUAAUAAGACAUUUGAAACUCAAAAUAUCAAAUUGGUCACAGAAAGAUUUUUGGAUGUAUACUUAUGAUAGUUAAGACAAUUUCAUUUUUUGUACACACUAAUAAAGUGAUAAAUUAUGU